UGUAUUUUUGGUAGAGACAAGGUUUCACCAUGUUGGCCAAGCUGGUCUUGAACUCCUGGGCUCAAGCGUUCCACCCACCCCGGCCCCCAUAGUGCUGGGAUUACAGGUGCCUGCCAGCAACCCAGCUAAUGUUUGUAUUUUUAGUAGAGAUGGGGUUUCACUAUGUUGGCCAGGCUGGGCUGGAACUCCUGGCCUCAAGUGAUCCACCCGGCUUGGCCUCCCAAAGUGCUGGGACUAUAGGCGUGAGCCACUGCACCCGGCCAGGGGUUUUGGUUUGUUUAUUUUCAUGGCCCUUAUGGGGAACAAAUCUUAUCUUUAAAUGUAUUCAGAUGUGCUUUUCCAAAGUUUCGAGACUGGAGAAUAUGCUGAGAAUAUGCUGGGUUCUGUGUUCAGGGCUGAAGAGGAUGUGACGGUGAGUAAAACUCAGUCCUGUCUAUGUGGGGGAGACAGACAGGUAAACGGGUAAUAUGGGGGCAGGUUUCAUAUUAAGGGAUGCCUUGAAAGGACCCCUCACUCAGCCUAGGGGUCCUAGAGAAGGUGACCACGGAACCAAGCCUAAAGGAUGAGCAGAAAUUGGGUGAACGUGGAGGCUGGGGAUAAAGAAGGGAAAUCAUGAGCAGGGCCAGGAUGGAGGGGAGUGUGGUAGGGUGAGCCGAGGACUGCAGGAUCUAGCCAGGGGAACGGAGAAGGGCUCCAAUGUUGGAAGGCCCUGGAGACAAAUUAAGGAGUCCAGUGUAGGAGCCGCUAGGAGGUUUGAAGCAGGGGAGCCUGGAGUCCAUCUGCAUUCACGAUGGUCCUUUCUGAAGCAAUACUCAGAAGGGGUGCUGGAAGGCUGGAUGUCUGGCUGCAUGCCAGAACGAGGGACAAGAAGUCAGGCAGGGACCCACAUUUUGGGAGUGUGGUGGUCAAAAUGCUCCAAAAUAUUCCCAGAAAGGCAUCCCAGAGGCCUGUUCCCCCAUGGCCACCAUGUGCCACAAGCUUGGGCCCAGCCGCUAUGCUUACUCCAUAUAAGGCUGUUGUAGCCAGAGGGCCCUGGUGGACUGGGAGACCCUGCCUCCGGUUGGGACCAUCAGUUUCCUCCCACUAGGAUGAAGAGUGUGGCCUGUGGUGCUGGUGGGACUCAUAGUAGACCACCUGGGAGAACACAUAGACUCAGACCGGCAGGGCAGCCCUCUCUGCCAUGUUGGAUGAGGAGAAUCUAUUCUGCAGAGGAGGCCAGCGUGCACUGGGGAGAGGCCCCGUCCCAGAGAGAGGGUCUGAGACAGACAUGGGGGCACUUGAUGGAUUUCCUUUUCCGGGAUCUGAGCCCUCCUGAGGGCCCUUGGACUCCAAAAGUGCCCUUGUAUCUCUAUAAUAAAUCCUCAUGUUUCAAAUUCUUCAGCUGACCUAAGUGGGUUUUUCAUUGUUGCCAUCAAAAAUGUUGACUAAGACAGUGGCCGUGCGUAGCCUUGAUGAUCUGGUAAGUGGGUCUUUGUCCCCUUGAAUUGGUUUAAAACUCAUUCCCAGUGUAUGGCAUGGAUAGCAGAGGCAAGAAAGAAGAGGAACCUGUCUUCUUGCCUGCUGUUUCCUUGAGAGUGUCUGAGCAUCUUGCUGGUCUAUUCCCAGCAUGGCUGCGUGAGGCAGCCAGAGGGGCCCUGGGGCUUUCUGGAGGGCAGAGUUCCUCCCCUUGCUGAGGUCUCCAUCUCUCCCCGCCUCUUCUGCACCUUGGGGCUGUGGGGUUUGGGAAACAUCGAUCUUCUGGAGAUGCGUGAGUCAGAGUGAGCACGUGGCCCCAGGAGGUGUUUCCAGGGCAACCAGGAGCAGCUUCUCCUGGUCAACCAAAGAAUUCCCCACGGAGGUCAGAGGGUGCCAGGGGUCAACAGGAGCAGAGAAAGUGCAGGUAUGCCCAGAAAGAUGUGAGGGAAAGGAGGGGCCAGGACCCCCCUUGGCCUCCCAUCCCCACUUCCAGAAGCCCUGCAGCUGGGUGGCCUGCCCUGCCCCCCAAGGCCCUUAGUGGCUGCCCCAAGGGCACCCAUGCUUGUGAGCAGCCCCCACCUGCCUGCUUGCUGGGCUUUUCCAGGGAAUUCAAUUAGAGCAGUGGCUUCCUCGCCUCCUCUGCCCAACUCCAGGGCUGGAUCCUGAACCCCACCUGCUCUCCCACACAGGGCUGGGGAUGGGAGGAGGCAGGGGCUGACCGGUGGGUCUGAUGAUAAAUUGUUUAUUGGGAUCCUGCUGGGGGGAAGGGGAGCUGUCCUGUCCACUCCUGGCUUGGCUGCUGACUCAGAAUAGUCCUUUCUUCCAUGCAUCUAUUUCUCCAUCUGUUCAACAGGCAGAUUCAGCAUCUUCAUCCCGCCCUGGGCUGAGGAAGAGGCUUGCCUAAAUUGGAGGGAGAAGGAGAAGGGAGAAGCAGUGAGGCCCUGGAGAGACCAGCCCUUCCUCAAUGCAGCCUCUGUGGAACCAGGAGCCCCCAACAUAGAUACUGGGUUCAGGUGAGUCGGGAGGAAGGGCUGUGGGAGGGCCUAGGCACAGCCUGCGCUGAGCUUCACAACACAGUCAUAGGCAGUGUGGCCAGGGGCCUCUCUGCACACCCUGGGGUUGGACCCCUACAGAAGGAGCUGGCCCUGGACCCUCCCUGGGGUCCACGGCCAGCUCCCACCAGACCUAGGGUGCCAGGGCACCCCUAGACUGUUCUUCACUGCAUCCCUGAUCCUCAUCUCUGAAUCACCCUUUGAUGAAGCCCCACUUCCUGUCUCACCCCACUGUAACUGGACUAUGCCUUCUACCAUUGUGUUCUCUCAUCCCCUGGCUCUGAGAAAGCCACAGAGGCAGCAAUGGGGAGGGUAAGAGCUCUACUGUGGGCCCAGCCCUGAUUUACACAUAAGGCCCUAAUUGCCUGAUAACCCUACCAGGGACAGCAGGACAUCCCUGAGCCUCUCACCCACCCUGCAGACCAUCCUGAACUACUGCCCUGGGCUGAGCUUGGGGGUCCUGGGAGCCAUGGAGCCAGCCCUUCUCUCCAAGGCUCCCAGUCAGGGGCAGGGAGCUGCCAUGGAAUCUCACAAACUUUGAUUACUUAUUUAAAUACGAGUAACACGCGUUUAGUGCACAGAAAUGAGGAAGUACACGUGAGCAAAAGAGAAUGAAAAAUCGCCGGCAACUCCAUUGCAAAAUGAUUGCUGUUUUACACCUUCACUGUGUGUACUGAUCUGUAAUCUUCUUUUUUUUUUUUUGAGACAGAUUCUCGCUCUGUCGCCCAGGCUGGAGUGCAGUGGCGCGAUCUCAGCUCACUGCAAGCUCCACCUCCCGGGUUCAUGCCAUUCUCCUGCCUCAGCCUCCCCAGUAGCUGGGACUACAGGCGCUCGCCACCAUGCCCGGCUCAUUUUUUUUUUUUUUGUAUUUUUAGUAGAGACGGAGUAAUCUUCUGUUUGAGGAAAUGAUCGCCAUUUUACACCUUCGCUGCGUGUGCUGGUCUGUAAUCUGCUAUUGGCGGAAAUGAUCACCGUUUUACACCUUCACUGCGUGUGCUAGUCUGUAAUCUGCUAUUUGCACUUAUGAGUGCAUGUGAAUAUUUUUCAGUCACAAGAGACAUUUCCACGGCAUGUUCUUUAGCAACUGCCCAGUGUGUGAUGUAAGAGGCUCAUUUUGCUGGUUCCUCAGUGGUGGCUUUCAGGACUGUUUCUUGAUAUCCUCCAGCCCUUCAGUGAAUUUCCCCAUGACCUGCUCAGCUACAGGCGACUUUCUGGGCAUUGGGCAUACAGCUGUUCACAAAACAGAGACCUGUGCAGACACGUUUCUCGUCAUAUCCUAUCAGUUCUUUCAACUGCUGACUGGAUGAGGUAUGGCCAGGCCAAAGGGCACACCUCUGGGAUUUGCCCUCCCAAAGGCCUGUGCCUGUCAGGGUGGGCCUCUGUUCCGGAUUGGCCUGGCAGUGGGCACCGGGCAUGACCUGCAGGGACAGAGCAGGUUCCAGAUGAAGCAGGGAGAGCAAGCCUGGGUCCUGGCCCUGUGUCUCUGGUGUUAUGACCAUUUUGACCAGGGCUUCACCAAGCAGCUGUUUUCCCAGCUCCUAGACUGGGCUGCUGGGGCUGGGCAUGGAACAGAAUAUUUGAAAUGGGGCCAUUCUAGGUGAUCCCAAGCUGCUGAGGUGCCUUUUGGACCCAGCUGGUGGCAGCCGUUGCCUGCAAGGAUCUAGGUGGUGGGGAGCCCAGGCCACCAAGGGCGGUCCCAGCCUGGCCCUGCCCCCUACCCUGUGCCUCCACCCCUGCCCUUCCUAUGCUCCAAGGCAGGCAGGGAGGCGGGAGGCCAGGUAGCUCAGGAACCCAAACCUGUCGGGCAGGUUUUGAGAGCUGUGGAGAGAGGGACAGAGGCUGGAGAAGGAUGCAUGGCCUGCCCUGGGCUUGUCUGUUCCCUCCUGAGCCUGAGCCCCUUACCUUCCUGACCCCAUGAAGCACGCACUGGCUCUGCUGGCUCCCCUGCUGGGCCUGGGCCUGGGGCUGGCCCUGAGUCGGCUGGCAGCAGGGGCCACAGACUGCAAGUUCCUUGGCCCGGCAGAGCACCUGACAUUCACCCCAGCAGCCAGGGCCCGGUGGCUGGCCCCUCGAGUUCAUGCGCCAGGACUCCUGGAUUCCCUCUAUGGCACCGUGCGCCGCUUCCUCUCGGUGGUGCAGCUCAAUCCUUUCCCUUCAGAGUUGGUAAAGGCCCUACUGAAUGAGCUGGCCUCCGUGAAGGUGAAUGAGGUGGUGCGGUAUGAGGCGGGCUACGUGGUGUGCGCUGUGAUCGCGGGCCUCUACCUGCUGCUGGUGCCCACUGCCGGGCUUUGCUUCUGCUGCUGCCGCUGCCACCGGCGCUGCGGGGGACGAGUGAAGACAGAGCACAAGGCUCUGGCCUGUGAGCGCGCGGCCCUCAUGGUCUUCCUGCUGCUGACCACCCUCUUGCUGCUGAUUGGCGUGGUCUGUGCCUUUGUCACCAACCAGCGCACGCAUGAACAGAUGGGCCCCAGCAUCGAGGCCAUGCCUGAGACCCUGCUCAGCCUCCGGGGCCUGGUCUCUGAUGUCCCCCAAGAGCUGCAGGCCGUCGCACAGCAAUUCUCCCUGCCCCAGGAGCAAGUCUCAGAGGAGCUGGAUGUCCUGCAGGUCUCCGUGCACCACCUGCAAACCUUGAAUGCUACAGUGGUAGAACUGCAGGCCGGGCAGCAGGACCUGGAGCCAGCCAUCCGGGAACACCGGGACCGCCUCCUUGAGCUGCUGCAGGAGGCCGGGUGCCAGGGAGAUUGUGCAGGGGCCCUGAGCCGGGCCCGCACCCUGGAGCUGGGUGCUGACUUCAGCCAGGUGCCCUCUGUGGACCAUGUCCUGCACCAGCUAAAAGGUGUCCCCGAGGCCAACUUCUCCAGCAUGGUCCAGGAGGAGAACAGCACCUUCAACGCCCUUCCAGCCCUGGCUGCCAUGCAGACAUCCAGCGUGGUGCAAGAGCUGAAGAAGGCAGUGGCCCAGCAGCCGGAAGGGGUGAGGACACUGGCUGAAGGGUUCCCGGGCUUGGAGGCAGCUUCCCACUGGGCCCAGGCACUGCAGGAGGUGGAGGAGAGCAGCCGCCCCUACCUGCAGGAGGUGCAGAGAUACGAGACCUACAGGUGGAUCGUGGGCUGCGUGCUGUGCUCCGUGGUCCUAUUCGUGGUGCUCUGCAACCUGCUGGGCCUCAAUCUGGGCAUCUGGGGCCUGUCUGCCAGGGAGGACCCCAGCCACCCAGAAGCCAAGGGCGAGGCUGGAGCCCGCUUCCUCAUGGCAGGUGUGGGCCUCAGCUUCCUCUUUGCUGCACCCCUCAUCCUCCUGGUGUUCGCCACCUUCCUGGUGGGUGGCAACGUGCAGACGCUGGUGUGCCGGAGCUGGGAGAAUGGCGAGCUCUUUGAGUUUGCAGACACCCCAGGGAACCUGCCCCUGUCCAUGAACCUGUCGCAACUUCUUGGCCUGAGGAAGAACAUCAGCAUCCACCAAGCCUAUCAGCAGUGCAAGGAAGGGGCAGCGCUCUGGACAGUCCUGCAGCUCAACGACUCCUACGACCUGGAGGAGCACCUGGAUAUCAACCAGUACACCAACAAGCUACGGCAGGAGUUGCAGAGCCUGAAAGUAGACACACAGAGCCUGGACCUGCUGAGCUCAGCCGCCCGCCGGGACCUGGAGGCCCUGCAGAGCAGUGGGCUUCAGCGCAUCCACUACCCCGACUUCCUCGUUCAGAUCCAGAGGCCCGUGGUGAAGACCAGCAUGGAGCAGCUGGCCCAGGAGCUGCAAGGACUGGCCCAGGCCCAAGACAAUUCUGUGCUGGGGCAGCGGCUGCAGGAGGAGGCCCAAGGACUCAGAAACCUUCACCAGGAGAAAGUCGUCCCCCAGCAGAGCCUUGUGGCAAAGCUCAACCUCAGCGUCAGGGCCCUGGAGUCCUCUGCCCCGAAUCUCCAGCUGGAGACCUCAGAUGUCCUAGCCAAUGUCACUUACCUGAAAGGAGAGCUGCCUGCCUGGGCAGCCAGGAUCCUGAGGAAUGUGAGUGAGUGUUUCCUGGCCCGGGAGAUGGGCUACUUCUCCCAGUACGUGGCCUGGGUGAGAGAGGAGGUGACUCAGCGCAUUGCCACCUGCCAGCCCCUCUCUGGAGCCCUGGACAACAGCCGUGUGAUCCUGUGUGACAUGAUGGCUGACCCCUGGAAUGCCUUCUGGUUCUGCCUGGCAUGGUGCACCUUCUUCCUGAUCCCCAGCAUCAUCUUUGCCGUCAAGACCUCCAAAUACUUCCGUCCUAUCCGGAAACGCCUCAGCUCCACCAGCUCUGAGGAGACUCAGCUCUUCCACAUCCCCCGGGUUACCUCCCUGAAGCUGUAGGGCCCUGUGGGGUGAGGUGACCCUGAGGCUGCCUGUCCUCCCCUUUGAUUUAGCCUGGGCCACAGGACUUCGGUAGCUCUUGCCCCAGAGCCCAGGCUGGCAUCCAGGCCUGGACUGUCCCCAGUUCCGGCUUACCUGGCCCCACCUUGCCUGCUCCUUUCCACCCCUUUCUGCUCACGACCCCCAUCAUUCACUCUCAGAAUCACAUGGGACUUCUGUGCAGCUGCAGAGCCAGCAAGUCCCUCCAGGUGUCACCCCUUACCCCCAUGCUGGUGGCAUCCUCACAGGAAGAGCCUGUUCUCCACCUGCUGGAGCCUGGACCCUGGGGUGGGACAGAGGCCUCGUCCAACCCCACUCCCCUUCCCGUGUGUCUUCCCCCUGCCAAGCCUCCCCCUGCCCCUCUCUGAGCCCCUCGCCCCCCACACUGUCCUCAUCUGGCCUCCCCCCGGCCCCCACUUCCCUCUUAUGCCCUUCCUGGCCCUUUGCUUCCUCCCUUAGUCCCCUCUUCACCAUAUCUCCACUGCUACCUUGCUGGCCCCAGAGACCACCCUGCCCAACCAAACCACUCAGGUAACGCCACUAAUCAGGCAGGGGCCACCAUGGCCUAGGUCUGGGCUGGCUGCAGGCCCUGCCUCAUGGCCUCUGAGCCCUCCACUGCCCCAGGGCCUUGGGCCCUCUGCAGAUCUCAUCCAGGAUUUAUUGGUGUCCAGUGGGGUGAGGGAGGCCUGUCUGAAGGCCGAGCCUCCCUGCCUGCACCCAAGUUAGAAAUGGGGGUACCAGCACUUAGCUUCUCUCUGAGUGCUGGCUCCCAAGGAAGGGACCUGGGACCUGGGCCACAGUGGGGGCUUGCCCUUACCUCUUCAGAAGGAAGCAUCUUCCACAGGCCCCACCCAGCUUUCUUAGGAGUGAUCUGGUGGCCAGAACAAGAUUUUGCAUGGCCUCUUCUAUCCUGCGCAUGUGGCCUAGGGUCAUCCCCAGCCCAUCUCUGUGUCAGCCCUGAGUGCUGGACACUGCGUUCCAGAAAUGAGGAAGAGGAGAGAGAAGAGAUGGACAGACCUCAGAUCCAUUAAAGUGUUCUCACUUCCCUGA